AUGCCAUUUGGCGUGCGAAACGCCCUGGCGACCUUUCAGCGUUUGGUUAAUGCUGUUUUGCGUGGGUUACCUGAUUGCGAGGCUUAUCUCGAUGAUAUCGUGGUGUAUUCAAGCUCGUGGGAAGAUCAUGUUGAGCAGCUUGGGGCAGCGCUUGCACGGCUACGUGACGCUAAUCUCACGCUUAACAUGGUGAAAUGUGAAUUUGGUGGGCAAGUGUCUCGGCGUCAGCUUCGUCGCUUUUUGGGGAUGGCGGGGUACUACCGCAGCUUCUGUAAAAACUUCUCUGCUAUCGCCGCCCCGCUCACCAACCUCCUCAGCCCUAAACGGCGCUUCCACUGGUCGGAUGAUUGUCAGCGUGCGUUUGACUGCGUGAAAGCACUGAUAUCCAAUGGCCCAGUCUUAGCUGCACCUGCAUGUGAUCGCCCUUUUAAGCUUGCUGUUGACGCAAGCGAGUCCGAGGAUGCAGAGGUUCAUCCUGGCAUACCCGCUGGCUGUUGGGACGGUUCAGAUCAUGAUCGGCAUCUUUGUCCUCUUGUCUGGUAUCACCAUGGUUGGUUAAGGGGUCACUUUUGGAGUGUACAGCGGUUUCUUUGUGUGUGGUGCCGGCUUUUACAUCACCUCCGGUGCGCUCACAGUGGCUGCUGGGAAAUCUCUCAGUCACCGUCUGGUCAACACUGCUUUGAGUUUCAACGUGGUUUCCUCGGUAUCAGCAGUUUCCGCCCUUGUCCUGUACAGUCACAAUGUCAUAUUAGGGUCCAUUUUAAUUCGGGGACAUCACCUCAUGGUGAAUCAGGAUCAGCAUCUCCAAGUCUGAGGUCCUGGUUUUCUGCUGUCUGUAGUGGAUUAGUCCCCCUGGUGAGGAGUGAGUCAGAACCUGUGAAGGAGAUUCUGGAUCUGGGUUCUUUAGGAGUCCUGUUGGUGUUCCAUGUCUUGGAGUUUGCUGUUUCCCUCACUGUCUCUAUCUUUGCCUGUAGAGCUACCUGUAACUGCUGUGACAACCAGCAACAUCCAUAUGUCCACUUCACGCCUGCCCAGGCUCCACCACAUACUGGACCUGCCACCACGGCUGCACCGGCGCAACAGAUUUCCAGCUUGUCUAAACCCACAGAGGACCAGGACCAGAUCCUCUCUGGACUCAGUGAACCUCCGGUCUAAAGACCUGCUUUAAAAUAAAUUCACAUGAUAACAACAUGCAAUGAACACAGCCAUAGAGUCACCAUCCUGUCAUUCAUUUAAACAUAAUGUUAAGAAAUGGUCGACUGAGAACCAACAAUGUCAACACUGAUGCUGUGGCUAACCAUGCUAACAUUAACUGUACAUUGCUAUUGUGACGUAAUUAUAGUUUUUGUGAAUCAUGCUGUAAAUGUUCAUAUUAUCAUUAUUACUUGUUUUACUGCUGCAUGUUAUAUUUUAUUCUACGAUGCCUUAUAAUAAUGGCAAAGGGACUGCAGAUGAAAAUUAGCCUCUAGGCUAACUGAAUUUACUGUUUUUUCAAUGUUGUUUAAUGUAUAUUGUCCCUUUUCAAACCAAGGAAAACUCAACUUCUACACACACCUUCAAGCCAGACUGAAGUCUGAUAAAGACAACCUGGAGAAGGAUUAUUCAGUUCAAUUCAACUUUAUUUGUAUUGCACAUUUAGUACAGGUGUAAACUGAAUGUGCUUUACAGAAGAUUAAAAAUAAUCAGAAAAAUUGGCAGCUUAUUCACAGAACAGCACCAUAGUGGCUAAAUGCACCUUCACCUGAUUUGCAUUUUACUUUAGGCACAUUUAGAAGGCCCAUAACUGAAGAUCUGAGCGACCUGGUUGGGUGAUAGUGAGUGAGCAUAUCAGAAAUGUACUGGGGUGCCAUACCAUUCAGUGAUUUAUAAACAAGAAGAAGCACUUUAAAAUCGAUUCCAUUGGACAGGAAGCCAGUGAGAGUCAGGGUAUCCUUUGAAAUUGCUAGAAUAAAAUGGAAUUUACAAAAUAAUUUGUUGGCAUGUUUGGGGGAUUUUUCCAUUGUCAUGGAACCUUGGGAAUAUAUUUGUUUUGGGGAAUUUGCUUCAGUAAUUUGGGGAAAUUUUUCAGGAAAUUAAAUGGAAUUUUGUAAUUAAAAUUUAGGCUUUCAAGUAAAGUUUAGUUGAAACAUUUGAGGAAUACUUGAAAACAUUUGGGGUACUUGUUAUGAGAAAUUUUAAAAACAUGAUGAAGAACUUUACACAGAAGUGUUGGUAUUUUCUUUGUAAUUUCAGGGCAUUUGUGUUGAUACUGGA